UUUUUUGUGGGUUUUGGUUGGCUUGCUUCGUCUACAUUACCAUAUCUGCUUUGUUCAGCAGCAGCAGAUUGCCAAAUGGCAUUGAUGAGCACCCAAAGAGAUUCUGCCUUUCUUCCUUCAGCUCAUCAGUCUGCUCCUCAACCGAACCACGAUGUGUUUUUGAGUUUCAGGGGUGAGGACACUCGAAAUAGCUUUGUAUCCCAUUUAUACCACGAAUUGCAGCUCAGGGGCAUUAAAACAUUCAAGGAUGAUCGUGAGCUUGAAAUAGGGACACCUAUUUCUUCAGAGCUCAUCAAAGCAAUCGAAGAAUCAACGCUUGCAAUCGUUGUUCUCUCGCCAAAUUAUGCAUCUUCUUCCUGGUGCUUGGAUGAGCUUACAAAGAUUCUCCAAUGCAUGAAAUCCAAGGGCACAAUUCUGCCAGUGUUUUAUCAUGUGGAUCCCUCCGAUGUGAGAAAACAAAGCGGCAGUUUUGCGGACGCCUUCGCUGAGCAUGAGAAAAGGUUUAGGGAAGACAUCGAUAAGGUGAAGCGCUGGAGAGAUGCUUUAACAGAAGUAGCCAAUUUAUCUGGGAUAGAUUCAAAGAAUGAGUGUGAAAGAAAGCUUAUUGAAAAUAUUGUUGAAUGGGUGUGGAUGAAAGUACAUCGCAGAUUCAAAUUGUUAGAUUCCAGAGAGUUGGUGGGAAUGAAGUUUAUACGUGAGCACAUAGAUUUGCUUUCAGCUCGUCCUACGGAUGAUGUUCGCUUUAUGGGGAUAUGGGGGAUGGGCGGAAUUGGCAAAACAACCAUUGCUAAGCUAGUAUAUGAUAGCAUUUCUACCCAUUUUGAAUCUAGCAGCUUUCUUGCAAAUGUUAGAGAGGUUUCUCAACGUGGUUGUCUUGUUGAUCUACAAAGACAACUUCUUUCCCCAAUCUUAAAGGAUCAAAUUGCUCAAGUUUGGGAUGAACAGUGGGGAACCUCUGUCAUUAAGAAUUGCUUGUAUAAUAAAAAGGUUCUUCUCAUUCUUGAUGAUGUGAGUGAAUCAAGCCAACUUGAAAAGUUGGCUGGUGAAAAGGAUUGGUUUGGUAAGGGGAGUAUAAUCAUUAUUACAACUAGAGAUAAAGGGUUGCUAGUUAAGCAUGAUAUGCAGGUAUCAUAUAAGGUAGAGGGAUUAGGUGAUGAUGAUGCUCUUGAGCUCUUCAGUCGGAAUGCCUUUAAAAAAAAUGAGCCUGAGGAAGGUUUCUUGGAAUUGUCCAAGGGUUUUGUAAAUUAUGCCAGAGGCCUUCCACUAGCUCUUAAACUUUUGGGAUGCUUAGUGUAUAAAAGAGAUCAAGAUGAAUGGAAAAGUGAAUUGGAUAAGCUGCGGAAAAUUCCUAAGUCAGAAAUUAUUGAUUUGCUCAAAAUAAGUUACGAUGGGCUAGAUGAGAUGAACAAGGAUAUAUUUCUUGAUGUUGCAUUUUUCCAUAAGGGGAAGGACAAGGAGGAAGUAAUUGAAAUACUAGACAGUUGUGGCCUAUGUGGUCAUAUUGGGAUAAAUGCUCUUGUUCAGAAAUCACUCUUAACCAUAUCACAUGGGAAUGUUGGGAUGCAUGAUUUAAUACAAGAAAUGGCAUUGGAAAUUGUUCGUCGAGAAUGUCCUGAAGAGCCUGGUAGACGCAGUCGAUUGUGCAAUCAUGAUGAUGUCUCUCAUGUAUUCAUAAACAAUACGGCAACAAACAAAAUUAAAGGCAUUGCCUUACGCAUGGCGAGACUUGAAAUGGCAAAUUGGAAUUGUGAAGCAUUCUCUGAGAUGUGUAACCUGAAAGUUCUUGAAUUUUACAAUGUGAUCAUUUCUUCAAGCCCCAGAAUUCUUCCUAAUUCCUUAAGAAGUAUCCAAUGGAGUUUGUAUCCUUCCAAAUUUCUCCCAUCAGAUUUUCAACCGAAAUUCCUUAUUGCACUUAAGAUGCGUCACAGCAAACUUGUUCGGCUUUGGGAUGGAAGAAAGGACUUGCCCAACUUGAAAGAAAUGGACCUUUCUCACUCUGAAAACUUGACCACAACCCCAGAUUUCAGUGGCAUUCCGAAUCUUGAGGUGUUGUAUUUUGAAAGUUGUAAGAAUUUGGUUGAGAUUCACCCGUCAAUUGCAGAUCUCAAAUGUCUUAAAAGGUUGUGGCUUUGCUUUUGCUCAAAAUUGAAAAAGAUUCCAGAAUUUUCAGGGCAAAUGAAAAAUUUGUUCUUUCUUAGGCUAGAAAAGACGUCCAUUGGGAAAUUACCUUCAUCAAUAGGAUGUCUGGUUCGCCUUACUUUUCUGUUUCUAUAUGAUUGCAAAAAUCUCGCGGGUCUUCCGAGUGAAAUUUGUAAUUUGAAGUCUCUUAAAGAACUGAAUGUGGAAGGAUGCUCAGAAAUUGACAAGCUCCCAGAGAACAUGGGGGAGAUGGAGUCUCUUACAUUGCUUCAAUUGUAUGGAACUUCUAUAAGACAGCUGCCACGCUCUGUUGUUGGUUUGAAAAAACUAGGCAUGCUAGAUUUGGGUAGAAGUGGAUCACCCAGUUUAUUUCAAAACAGAAAUGGUUUUGUGUCGGCUUCGCUUGAUGGUUUAUUCUCUUUGAAGAAUUUGAAUCUGAGUAAUCGUGGACUUUGGGAAGGGGGUCUUCCCAGUGAUAUUGGCUGCUUGUCCUAUUUAGAAGUAUUAAAGCUUAGUGGAAACAAUUUUGUUACCCUUCCUGCAAGCAUUGGAUGUCUUUCUAAGCUUAAGGUAUUUUGGGUGAAUGGGUGCCAAAGGCUUCAACAAUUGCCAGAUCUUUCUAAGCUUAUCUCAUUAGUGGAUGUAGACAUAGCCGGUUGCACUUCCUUAAAAAUGUUACCACAUCUUUCGUCAAAUUGCUCAUUAGUGUAUAUAGGCGAAAAAAGAUGUUUUCUAAGCCCUUUCUUCAGGGGCUUCAGCAACUACGAAAUACGUUUUCGUGUUAGUUUUAAUUGUACCAAUUGCUUUGUAUUGGUUGACAAUGAAGGCAGCGAUAGUAUAAUACUGAAAAUGCUACAGCGAUACCUGCAGAUUCCGCUUCUGCUUCAGUUGGAGUUUCAGCUUCAGCGUAAGGACCUACAUGCAAUCCGUGGCCCUAGUUUCCCAAUCCUCUUCGAAAUUGUAACUCCUGGAAGGAAAAUUCCAGAGUGGUUCAGUAAUCAACGUUUGGGAGCUUCCCUAACUGUGGAGCUACCUCUGGAUUCAUGUACCACGUGGAUCGGAAUUGCUUUAUGUGCUGUGUUUGAAGUUCAGGCUGAUAUUCCUGAAUUUCAUUAUUUUCAAAUUAAGUGUCGCCCACUUGGAUUAAGGGGACAUAUAUUAUUUUCAAAAGAUUUUAAAAUAGGUGAUUUUGUGUCAGAUCACCUUUGGGUAAUUUAUGUAUCUCGUAAACAAUUUCAGAAGAUAUGCGGUCAGAAAAAGGGAAAGCUUUUUUUUAAUGUUCAGUCUCAUCAUUAUUUUAAAGGCGGAGUGUCGAUAAGCUCAGUGUCUUGCGCAAGUGUGAAGAAGUGUGGGUUUCAUUUGGUGCACGAGCAAGAUGUGGAACAACUCAACCAGAUCAUGAUGAACAAAUCCAUCAUCAAGAGCACUACUUCUUGUCCUACCAAAUCAGCUGAUGCACAAGGUCAACAACGCCACGAUGACGAGGAGGCUAGUCCUAGUGGAAGUGGUAGCUCUCACCAAAAAUCUCUCUUCUGCAAUACCCAUGCUCUUUCCGAAGAUGCAGACCAAGAUGAAUUAAAUGAUGUUGUUGACGAAGCUCGGCCCAGAAAGAAAAAAGAUCGAAGUGAUUGGGACUGACCUAUGAUUCCUCAAUUUCAAAGCAAGAGGCAUCACAGCUGCUGCGUUUCAAUGUGAGUUGCUGCUUUUGCUGAUUCUACUUUUCAUUUUGUAGGAGAGGAGAACAAUUUAUCUUGCUACUUUUUUUUUCCAUUGCAUAUGUAUGUAUAUGCAAGAUUUAUGAUGCAAAUAAACAGGACACACUGUAACUAUUUUUUGUUUAUGCAUAAUUACAAGACUACUGCUGUUGAAGCCAGCCAAUUGUGUCCUGCAGUCAACUGAAAUUUGGGUUCCUGAUGCCAUGGUCGAUACUGGGCACACUGCUAAUGUGCAACUUGAACUGAUUGAAAGUAGUCGUGUACUUAUUCGCCAGGAUGGAAUAAGACAACAAGAAUUCUCAAUCAGACCUGUAAACAUUUGCGUUGAAUCGAUCUAAAACCGACCAAUUGCUUUGUCGGAACUCCUCCCCUGUCUGCUUCAUUGAUCAUCUCUUUGAUAGUUUAUACUUUAUACAAUCUCUUUCACUUAUGCACUCUUCUCUUAUUUAGCAUCUCUCAGUUUUAAAUUGUUCAACAGACAUGAGUUCUGAGAGGUUCAUUAACAUCAGAAUAUGUUGAGCAGAAUUUGGCAGAUCUAGUUCUAUUUUGAAUAAAACUAUAGUAACUUUUUAUUUGGAGAUUGGUGAUUUAUGAAUGAGAAGUUGU